GGUAUCCGCGAACCGAACCGCCACAGCCGUUGCGAGUGUGGCCAAUUCAUUCAACCAAGUCGUGGGGCUGGUGGGGGUGAGUGGGAGUGGGGGGAGAGGUUGCGAUUUCCGUUGCCAUGUAUUUCCGUUGCCAUUCCCGUUUCCCAUCUGUUGCCCCCCCACCGCCUACCGCCCACCGUCCACCGCCCACUACCCGCACCCACGGAACCUACCAUCUCCACGGACAUCCUCUGUCUCCCUCUCCCUCCCAUCCUCUCGCCAGGAGCCACAGCCGAUCCCCCGAGACCCUCUUUCCCUCUUUCCAGGGGGGGCGCACAGUGCGGCUCAAAAGCUUAAAUCCUAGCGCCCAACCGCUCCACCGCACCACCGCAGAAAUUCGAGGGACAGGGACAGGGUCGGGGGGGGGGGGGCUGGAAUUAUGUAACAGCGUCGUUUCUUUCUCUGGCUCCUCUGGCGCGAGCGCUCGGACUUCGGGGGUUCCGGCUGCUGCUCUGGUGGAUGGACGGACGGGGGGAGGGAGGGGAGGAUGGGGGCAGGGGAGGGACGAGGGGGCAGGGGAGCGGAAAAACCGAUGGAUGGAUGGACUCUGCUUUCUUUAGGCUGCGGAUUAUGUAUGUGGUUAGAGCUUGGAGGGUUAGAACUUGGAGGGCUAGUCGGCGCUGGUCCGGCCCUGGCCAGGGAACGCCAGGGAACGAGGGAACUGGAAGCUUAGGUCUUGGGUCUUGGAUCUUGGGCGCGAAGAAGCGUAGAAGCGUAGAAGCGUAGAAAACAGCAUGGGCUGACGAUGGGAUGAACAUGACGACGGAUACGCAGGGGAUGAUUAUCGCGAUCCGCCAUCUUGAUCUGCUGUUAUUAUUUU